UCCAUAUAGCUACUUAUAUUGAUGCAGUUGCUGUCACAAAGGGUGAGAAUUAGGAGAAGGAUGAAAGCUCGAGCUCCUCCUCCACCAAAUCAACCUUCUGCAGCAAGUAGAAUUCACAGUGAGCAGAAGCCACCUGCAGAGAUAGCUGCAAUUUCUGAUCAGAGCCUUGUGAGCAUGAAGGAGAACAUGAUUAACAGAUUGGUGGACUUCACAGUCAUUUUACCUGGUGGGAUUGAGCAGAAGAGCACAGUACAAGGAAGUAAAGCUGUGAUGGAUCUGUUGGUUGAUUUAUGUAGCCGGUAUCACUUGAAUCCAGCCCAACAUAGUCUUGAACUGAGGUCUCGGGGGAUGCAACAACCUUUGAGUUACAAGCCAAAUACUUUGAUAGGAGCACUGGAUGUGCAGACAAUACUUCUGAAGGAGAAGGUUCCUGAGGAAAAGACAAAGCGACCUCCACCAAGGGUCCCCGAGAAAUCGGUGAGGCUGGUAGUGAAUUACCUGAAGACGCAGAAGACCGUGGUUCGAGUUAGUCCGGAGGUCCCUCUCCACCACAUCAUCCCUGCUAUAUGUGAGAAGUGCGAAGUCAGUCAGGAGCACGUCGUCCUCCUGCGUGACAGCGUCACCGGGGAGGAGCUGGAGCUUACCAAGUCCUUGGAGGAGCUGGGUAUAAAGGAGCUGUACGCCUGGGACAGAAAAAGAGUUCCUCCAUCCAAAACUCAGUCUGAACCUUCUCUGAACUAUAGAGAACCAAGUCGAAAUGCCUCAGUAAGCAAUGAUGCAAUAGAAAAAGAAAAGCGAGGAUUUCUGGGAUUUUUCAAAGCUAAUAAAAGAAGCAGCAAGACAGAAGAACACUUGAGGAUGGACAGAGAUUGUGGUGAGGAGGAUGUUUUUAGUUCUACAUCUACAAGUGAAGGAAGCUUGGAUGGUUUUUCCACAGCACCAAAUUCCCCUUCGGUAAAUUCACGUUCCAUUACCUUGGGCCCAUCCCUGUCCCUUGGAAACAUCUCAGGAAUGACAGCAAACCCAGAAAUGAAGAAGCGCAGGGCACCUCCUCCACCGGUUGUGACGCCUCCAUUGCAGAACAUGGAGAUGAGCGGGCAGGAGAAGACAGCAGUGCAGAUUUCACAAGGAGCAUCCCUAAACGAUUUACAGAAAAAGAAGAGACGUGCCCCUCUUCCACCAAGUCCGUCUGCUCCACCCACUCCUGCCAUGCCAAACAGGACAGAAGAAAGGGAGGACAAGCGGAAGAGCACAAUGGGUGAUGGACGGCAGGUGCCACCAAAGCCUCCUAGAGGCAACCCACGUGGUCCACCCCAGUUAGAGAUCCCCCCGCCCCCACCUUACCCUCCUCCCGACACAGGCAGUACGGAUCCCGCAGUCUCUUACAGAGAAGCAGACGUUGCAGCGCCAACAGAGCUGGUACCUAAACAGAGCCUGCCUCCCGCACAUGAUAAUGUUUAUGUAGUGGAUGAUGUGGUUCUGGAGCUAUCAGAGGUAGAAGAAACAGCAUCCGAAAGCAGCUGUUUUGCAUCUGAGGACACCACCGAAGACUCAGGUGUCGUGAGCUCCCCAUCAGAUAUUGUAUCUUUAGAUUCGCAAAAUGACAGUAUGAAGUUGAGAGACAAGUGGGUCAAUGGCUUCAUGGACUCCGCUGAGGCAGACACGACGUAUGGCAGAGACACGUGCCCUGUCAAGAACGCCUACCAUGAGAACGUGGGAACCCACAGUGCUCCGGAGAGCAGUAGAAACGAAGAAAGUACAUCCGCUAAGCGCGGCGGUGAGGACACAUUCAUUGCUGCUCAACUCCAGCAGGCGCUGGCUGACCUGGAUGAAGAUUUGGAAGCAAUGGAUGGUAUAAGCAGCUCUGACUCUGAGAAUAUCCCUGAGGUUUUGAGCACACGUACGAGAAGAAUUGAGGCUGCCCAAGAUGUUACCAUUCCUGUUCCAGUAACAGUCAUAGAUGACGAUGCAGAAGUGAACAUCUCUGGGUCUGUUAGAAGUCAAGAGACAAGGGGUUCGGACAAUAUUUCAGCUGACUCUGUUAAUGCAGGGAACUUUACAAAUAAAAAUAACAAUGCAGGUUCCUUUGAUAAGGGACAUGUAGGUGGUGGGUCUGUAUGUCUAUCCAAGGACUUAAUACAUCAGCAACCUUCUGAAAAUGCAUUUGAUCACCUGCCUGUGGAACAGAGGAGAGAUAUGUUUGAAUCUCUCACAUCUUCCUUUGAAAAAAGAAGUGAAAAGAACUUAAGACUGGAACCCCCUCCUAAACAUACUGUGAAGUCUGAGGAAUAUAGAUCUAAGCUGGUUUCAUCUCACUCCAAGGCCGCAACUGAAAUCAGUACAGCAAAAGAGAAGAAAAAUCCAUUUAAGGAAUGUAGUAACAAGGAAAGACCUCUGAAAAAAAGUAAAUCAGAAUUAGAAAUCAAGCGGCCGCUGGCAAAAAAAACUGAAGAGAAAGUAGAAGAAAUCCCAUCAACACCCACAUGGUGUCAUCGCGCCCAGAAUUCAGGAACAAAUUACGAACCUAAAAUGGGUUUGACGACCUUUAAGGUUGUUCCUCCCAAACCUGACAUAAAGCAUUUUGAUAGAGGAGUUUCCCUCUCCACUGGUGCCAUUAAAAUAGAUGAACUAGGCAAUCUUAUAAGCCCGAAUGCUGGUGGCACUAAGAACAUAUCAGGUACUACUACUGGUGAAAGUGAGGAAAUUCCUUUAGGGAAAAUAAAGGCGUUCUGGAGGUCAAAUUCUAUGGAAAAGCAAAGUGAUGACUCCACUGAGCAUCUUCUUAAAAAGUCAGCAGUCACCACAACCUCUAAAUCCUUUGCUAUAAAGCAUGAACACAAACCUGUCUGUCUUGUAGCUCCAAAACCUGUAGCACCACAAACUGUUACUUCCCAGGUAGCUGAAAGACAGUUUGAGAAUGAAAAGACCAAGCCACCUCUUCCAGUCACGCAGUCUCAGGUAAAACCAUUAGUGGCCUCAACCAUUAAUAAGGACAAGGUUGAGCUUCCGUUUCCAAAGCCGCAUAGGAGAACUUCAAGUCAAUACGUUGCCUCUGCCAUUGCAAAACACAUCAACCUACCUAGCUUUAAGUCUGACUCCACAGAAUAUCAUGAGAAAGAGGAAAAUAAGCAUGGGGCAGGAGAGGUUAAAACUGAAGGAGAACUUUUCCCAAAAAGAUGUAUUAUUGUGGCCAAAUACAGCCCUGUGGAAACAGAUUCAGCAGAACUAAGAGAACCACCGUCAAAUAUUUUUACUUCCAGUUUAAAAGCAUCCCACAGGUUUACACCUGGUGAUAAUUCUGGAGUGGAAAACAAAAUAGUGAACAUCAGGGCACCAAAUCAAGCAACUCCUCCUAGUUUCUAUAAAAAGAACGCCAGUGUCCCACUUACUAAAUCCUCUUCAAAGGAUAACAGCACUGCAGAAGAUGAUCACAGUUUAAACAGCAAACAAAGUAUAGUAGAGAAAAAGAUGCAUCUUUUGUUUGACCAGAAGUGUGAGACUUCGAACCAUACUAAUUCAGCCCCAUCUCUCAAGUCACCUGAUCUCCAGGUCAUCCCACCCUUUUCCAGCUCAUCUUUGCGAGCCAGUAAAUGGCCUCCCGCUAGCAGCGUACAAGCUAGUUGUUUUAAAGCAUCGCCUGAGUUAAAUGGUGCUACUGCAAACAAUCACAUGGAGUCAGAACGGGAGGACAAGGACGAUGAUUUGGUUACUAACACUAUCAAUGAGCUGGACGUUAAUGUGCAGACCAACAUCUUUGGACCAAAGAAGAAGUUCAGACCAGUGGUCCAGAAACCAAUCCCGAAAGAUACGUCCCUGCACAGUGCCCUGAUGGAAGCCAUCCAAACAGGAGGGGGGAAGGAGAAACUCAGAAAGAUUUCAGAGAGUGCAUUAAAUGGAAAUCACAAGAAACCCUCGUAUGCUGAGCCAGAGAAUGAACGCUCAGCCCUACUGGCAGCAAUCAGAGGCCACAGUGGCACUUCAAGGCUGAAAAAGAUCUCCUCAGUGGCCUCCGAAGAGCUGCAGAGUUUUAGGAAUGCAGAACUGUUCUUGCAAAAAGCAGAAGACCCUCAGGAAGACCGGCUUUGUAUCCCACCGCCCCCCACGCAGCCACCGCCUCCUCCUGCUCCCCUGUCAGCGGUAGCUCCAAAAUCCUCUGUCCCUGCUGCAGCUGACCCUGCGGAGGCAAGGCAAGCCCUAAUGGAGGCCAUUCGCUCUGGUGUGGGAGCAGCAAAGUUAAAAAAGGUCCCUCUGCUCGUUUGAAUUGUGUAUAAAGAACAGGUAAUUGGAAAAUGUAACCCCAUAUGCACCCAUAAUCAUCAUUCAAGGUCUGAAGUGGCAAAAAAACAUCACAAAGUUUAGUUUAUUCUCUUGUCUACCAGCCAAAAUAAGUUGUAGUUAAUUUUCUGUGUUCCUGCAUAAUGGUUCUAAGGGAAAAAUAUGUUGCUGUGCUGUAAAGCUUCUGUGCCAAGGAAUUGUGUUUUGCCUCUGAAUAUUUAAGGUUGCCAAUAAACUAUUCUUGUUGGCAGGUUAAUAAGAGUAUAAACACUGUGCAGUCCUGUGUUAAUACUUAAUUGUGUUAUGGGCAAAAUUCAAAGACUUUUGCUAGCUAUCUGAAAAGUAAUAUUCAUUUCAAGUUGUUAAAAACACGUAACUGUUUCAAACUAUUUUCUCGCUUCUUAUUUGAUUUGGAAAAGAGCUAUAAGCAAUAAGGGGGAAAAAAACAGAGUAAAGUUCUAUACAAGUUAAUCACAAGAGAAAAGUUAUGGUAUAUUCUGAAAGACCUCAAUUGCCAUAUGCUGGAGUCAUUGUUUUUUUAUAAUUAGGGGAACUUUCUAUCUCUGGUGCAGCUCUGAGGAAAGCAGGCAAUCAAAUAAUGAAUAUGAGACACUGUGUCUGUUGAAAAGUUACUUAUGGGGUAUGACGUAUAGAAUACUAAUAUGCAGAGAUAUACUGAACCCUGGUAACAUUCGUGGCACUUGAAAAAUAUUGAGACAUGGUAAGGGAUCUCUCUUUGCAACUGUGAAGGGUAUAAGUAGAGGACUGUGUGGUGGUCCAAGAUUUCAAACUCAUUCCUGCACUGCGAAAGGAAGUCGAGGUGGUUUACAUCUGCAGCCAGGACUUUGUUACUUGGUCAGGUCAUGCACAAGUGGGCCCUUUGUUUCCGAUUCGCACGGCUGUUGUAUGUUGUCUCACAAGGAUUUAUAGCAGCCUCUUUUUCAAAUGGUUAACUACUUUGGUAGUUGUGGUUGUACAUAUUUUGAAAAUAUUGUAUUAAAUUGAAAUGAUUAACUUAAAAAGGACAGAUCAAAAUGCUUUUUCACAUUUCCUAUAUCAUAAUGAAACCGAAGAAGAGGAAGUUUGUACAUUUACCUUUUUAUAAUCGCAGACCAGAGUGGAGGUAGGGGUUUUUUUGGAGCUAAAAUUUAAAAAAAAUACAGCUAUGUGAAGUUGAAAGCAAGAGAAUAUUUAGCCAUCUGCAUUUAAUAUGUCUGUGUAUUAUAUAUUGUAAAAUACCGAUGUCUGUUAGUGCCACAAAUAAAAAAAAAAUCAAAAACUGUU